AUCCCAUUAAGACCGCCCAGGGCUCCCUGUCCCUGAAGGCUUACAGGUUAACACCCAAACUGAUGGAGAUUUGCAAGGAGAAGGACUUCUCAGCCGAGGGAUUGAAGAAGGCCAUGAUUGGUUUUGAGCACAUGUUCGAGGAGGUUCCCAUCAUGAUCAAGAACUCCCACCUGAUCAACGUUCUGAUGUGGGAACUGGAGGAGAAGUGUACUGUGGCCGACAAGCACGAACUGCUCAACCUCUCCAGCAGUAACCACCUGGAGAAGUCUCUGCAGCUCCUGAUGGACAGAGUGGAUGAUAUGAGUCAGGACAUUGUCAAGUAUAACACCUACAGCCGUAACCUCAGCAAGCAACAGCAGCAGAAACACCAGUAUGUCCAGCGGCGCCAGCAGGAGAAUGCUCAGAGACAGACCAGAGGAGAGACUCCUCUACCAGAGGAAGAUGUCUCCAAGAUGUUCAAACCACCACAGCCCCCUCCUCGCAUGGACACUCUCCUCAUCGCAGGACAGAUUAACAAUUACUGCCAGAAUGUGAAGGAGUUCACCUCCCAGAACCUCGGCAAACUCUUCAUGGCCGAGGCUCUUUCAGGGACACAACAGCUAAAGGAGAAUACGAGAGGAGGAACUAAA